CAGCACUAAGAUGUGGACCCUGUCUGAUUGAAUAAUGGAUGGAGUGAGCCACCCACAGGCUGCAGGGUGAUAUCAUGACUGCGUCACUCGUGCAGCUGAAGGAGGAAGGGAGGGCUGGUUAGGCGAUGCAGCAGGAACAGCGAGGACCAGUGAGAGACUUUCCUUCAGAGAAGACAGAGGGGAAAUGAUCAUGUCAGCCUCCUGGAUGCAGCUCUGUUUUCAGAUCCUCCUCCUUUUCGUCUCCUGCAGACACAUCAAUACAAAGACUCCUGGCCCAACGCUGUUGCCACCAGUUCCCAUGAGUGCCCUGCGAUCUGUGAGGAAACUUGUUCUGAAAGCCCUCGACACAGGUGACAGUCACACUGAGAAGGUCGAGCUGUUGAACCCUGUGAACCUGUCACUGGAGUGCACCUUGGCUGGUAAUCACAACAAACUGCCAAACAUCACUGGGUUCUGGAAAAAAGACGGACGUGAAAUUGAGAACAGCCGCCUCACAGUGCAGUCGGAGAAUGAGCUGUAUCACCUCAAACGAGUGUUCAACAUUGAUGGUGAAGAAAAUCUUGGAAAUUAUUCAUGCGUGUUUGGAAAUGAAACAAAAAUAGACUUUGUUUUGGCAGUUCCACAGAUCGGUGAGGAGCGAGAUAAGCCCAUAGUCAGUUACUUGGGGGAUUCUGCGGUGCUGACAUGUAAAAUGGACAAACCCAAACCAGAACCCACCACGUGGAACUGGUAUAAAGCAAAUGGCACAAACAAGGAGCAGAUUUCCCCUGCCGCAGAGCCUCACCGGUACAAAAUCAAAUACAAGGAGAGGGAGACCUUUCUGCUGGUGUACAACCUGACAGAGGCUGACUCUGGCUUGUAUUACUGCAGUGCAGUGUACCCCGUCGGCACCUCGAUGGGCCACGUGGAGCUGAAGGUCAUCACCAUCUACGAGCCUUUGAAGCCUUUCAUUGCCAUCUUGGCUGAGGUGACCAUCCUGGUCAUUGCCAUUCUGAUCUACGAGAAGAGUCGUUCCAAGAAAAACAGCACAGCAGGAAAUGAAAUGAAUGACCUAACUAACACACAGCCACAGGAGGAAAAUGAUGCAUCAGAGAGAAGUUCUUCAAUGAGACAGCGCAAAGUUUGAAGACUGCACUUACUGAAAUCCGGUAGAUCUGAGCUUCCUGAAACUGCUGACAUAUUUUGCUGAUUUUCAAGUGACUGAGCUUGAAAGCAAUAUCUUAUGAACUAUGUCAAGAAUAAGACAUCUAUUGUAAUCAAAAAGUUUUCACCAAAGAAAGUGCACCACUUAAUAAUCAUUCCACGAGUAGGCACUUUAACCACAGAUUUCAUUUCUCAUUCUGUUUUACUGUUCUUUUGUUUUCUUUCAUCAUAAUGACUAAAGUAUCUACCAGUGUUUUACACUUGAAUCCUCUCACUUCCUGUGGAAAACAUGACACACAUCACUACGUCUGUCAUAAAAGAAGUGCUUUGUCUUUUUUCCUGGAAACAACGUGAACCUCAGCUCUUUACUUCUGGUGUUUACGCAUUGUGGACUGUGAGCAGUGCCUUACACUCUUAGAAUCACUUAACUAACCGGCAGCAUUAUAUAUUAUGUUCUUACAAUAAUAUGUGCCUAAUAUGUUGUGUAGUACCUUAACUUAUCAUAUUAGCUUAACAACCAGUAUGUCAACAAUUAUGCAUGGAGAGGCUUGAAACCAUCUCAUGUCUCUUUCACGUAUCAGAAGAUGGUCCUACAGAUCAUUUUGUCCAAUAAUCAUGACUUCAACCAUGUGUCUUACUUGGUGCCACUGUGUGUUAAUGAGCAAAUAAAAAAUACCAAUUGCUAUCA